UGCUCAUUUCCAAACACUCCACAGCCAUAUAUACCACCAAGCUGAUAGCAAGCAAGCAUUGACCAAUCUAUCAUGGCGAGGCUUCACCUUUCCGCCGUAGCGGCCUGCGCCGUCCUCCUCGCCCUCGCCGCCCCCUCCCUCGCCGGCGACCCCGACAUGCUCCAGGACGUCUGCGUGGCCGACCUGAAAUCCCCGAUCAAGCUGAACGGGUUCCCGUGCAAGGCGGACAUCACGGCGGACGACUUCUUCUUCGCCGGCCUCAAGAACGCCGGCAACACCAACAACCCGGCGGGAUCCAACGUCACGGCGGCGAACGUGCAGUCAUUCCCCGGGGUGAACACGCUCGGCGUGUCCAUGGCGCGCAUCGACUACGCGCCGGGAGGCCAGAACCCGCCGCACACCCACCCGCGCGCCACCGAGAUCAUCUUCGUCCUCGAGGGAGUCCUGGAGGUCGGCUUCAUCACCACCGCCAACAAGCUCUUCACCAAGACCAUCACCGUCGGAGACGUGUUCGUCUUCCCGCGUGGGCUCGUGCACUUCCAGCAAAACAGGGGGCAUGGCCCCGCCGCUGUCAUCGCCGGCUUCAACAGCCAGCUCCAGGGCACGCAAGCUAUCGCCACCACGCUCUUCGCCGCCGCGCCGCCGGUGCCUAGCGACGUGCUGGCCAAGGCCUUCCGGGUCAGUAACGAAGACAUCGAUGCCGUCAAGGCUAGGUUCAAGUAGUGUGGGUGCCGUUCCCGAAGAAUAACCGUGUGUUCAUUGCUGAAUAAAUGAUACUCCUACUGAAGCGAGCUGUUGCGUGCAGUUGAUUUUUUGAUGUGUAUGUUCCAUUUGUUUGUCUUGAAAAUAAUACAAAAUUGGUUCUCUUUCA